AAACCGUGCGGUUAGAAGAGGCCAGAUUUGGAAAUUAAAGAUGAAAAUCUUUAUAGUACUCGUGGUAUUAGCAGCUGCAGCCGCUGCAGGAGUCACUAACAAUGACCGAGAACAGGCAGCAGCACUAGAAAAUAAAGAGCUUCAUCUACCAGAUAUAGUAGAUAAUAAUGAGUUGGAUGUACCAGAAAAAAAUGAGCCCAAUGUACCAGACCGGCCAGACAAUACUGAACUGGAUGUACCAGAGGAUGAAAUAGGAGAAGAGGACGAGGAAACUGGUCUAGCAGCUGCCCGUAAUAAUCUCUCUUUGGGAACUUUUGGUGCUGACGAUAGGUUGAUGUCUAGGAUCACUCAUAACGUCGCUGCAGCUACUUUAUUGAUACAUGAUCAAGAAAUAACCUUCCGUGGAACAAGAGGAACUAAUAUCACAGCAAUCAGGGUUAAUCAAGUUGGAACAAAUACUCCCAUAGCAACUCGAGUUGCUGGUGGUCUUGGAUCAGAAUUUGUCACAAUCCGAAUUCAAUCCGGUAGAGGACGAGCAUUCUCCUACACAAUCUUAGUUUACGCAGCCAUUAAUUGCUCAAAUAAUUGAAUUCGUCAUCUUAAAUAAGUUGUAACUGUUCGAGGUAUCUCGAAUUGUUUCAAGCCACAUGAGAUCCCGUAGUUAUUAGCAUUGCUCGACAAUCGGUGCGACGAGAAACGAAUCGAGUUACCUCGUCAAAUAGAUAAGUGGGUACGCCAUGUAAAAUAUAAUUAAUUUAAUAUUUCUCACGAGGCUUAUGA